GCGCGCACGCGCGUUGUGGCUUCUCGGGCUGCCGCGCCUCAGGCUCCCCUGGUUACGGUUGGUGUUCGCGAGUCGUCUGAGGUGCCACCUUCCCUUGCGCCUGCAGACUGCGGUGGCAGUUCGAUACGCGCGCGUCCGCGUCACGUGGGCCGAGGCUUCCUCGCGGUCGCUGACUGGCGGCUGAGGCGGGAGGAAAGAGCUGCGGCCGCUUGCCCUCCUUCAGAGCCCCUCGGCGGACUCAGUGAUAAAAAUGGCGAAAUGGGGUAACUGGCACUGAACCUGAGGCAAUGGGGCGCGCUCGUAGGCCAGUUGUCGGAGCUCCUUGAUGUGGGUAUCGGUUGGUGUUGGCAAUUUCACCUGGCGACCUCAGACCAGCGCCUGACGGGAGACCACGGAUUUCGCGGGGCGCCGAGGGCCCCGCCGAGAGCUGCGGGCAAUGGAUGAACAGAGUGUGGAGAGCAUUGCUGAGGUUUUCCGAUGUUUCAUUUGCAUGGAGAAAUUGCGGGAUGCUCGCUUGUGUCCACAUUGCUCCAAGCUUUGUUGUUUCAGCUGUAUUAGGCGCUGGCUGACAGAGCAGAGAGCUCAGUGUCCUCAUUGCCGUGCUCCAUUGCAGCUACGAGAACUAGUAAAUUGUCGUUGGGCAGAAGAAGUAACACAGCAGCUGGAUACUCUUCAACUCUGCAGUCUCACCAAGCAUGAGGAAAAUGAAAAGGACAAGUGUGAAAACCAUCAUGAAAAGCUUAGUGUAUUUUGCUGGACUUGUAAGAAGUGUAUCUGCCAUCAGUGUGCACUUUGGGGAGGAAUGCAUGGUGGACAUACCUUUAAACCUUUGGCAGAAAUUUAUGAACAGCAUGUCACUAAAGUGAAUGAAGAGGUAGCCAAACUUCGUCGACGUCUCAUGGAACUGAUCAGCCUAGUUCAAGAAGUGGAAAGAAAUGUAGAAGCUGUAAGAAAUGCAAAAGAUGAGCGUGUUCGGGAAAUUAGGAAUGCAGUGGAAAUGAUGAUUGCACGAUUAGACACACAGUUGAAAAAUAAACUUAUAACACUAAUGGGUCAGAAGACAUCUCUUACCCAAGAAACUGAGCUGUUGGAAUCCUUACUUCAAGAGGUAGAGCACCAGUUGCGGUCUUGUAGUAAGAGUGAGUUGAUAACAAAGAGUUCAGAGAUUCUAAUGAUGUUUCAGCAAGUUCAUCGAAAGCCCAUGGCGUCCUUUGUUACUACUCCUGUUCCACCAGACUUUACCAGUGAAUUAGUACCAUCUUAUGAUUCAGCCACUUUUGUUUUAGAGAAUUUCAGCACUUUGCGCCAGAGAGCAGAUCCUGUUUAUAGUCCACCUCUUCAAGUUUCAGGACUUUGCUGGAGAUUAAAAGUUUACCCAGAUGGAAACGGAGUUGUGCGUGGUUACUACUUAUCGGUGUUUCUGGAACUCUCAGCUGGCUUGCCUGAAACUUCGAAAUAUGAGUAUCGUGUAGAGAUGGUUCAUCAGUCCUGCAGUGAUCCUACCAAAAAUAUCAUUCGAGAAUUUGCAUCUGACUUUGAAGUUGGAGAAUGCUGGGGCUACAAUAGAUUUUUCCGUUUGGACUUACUUGCAAAUGAAGGAUAUUUGAAUCGGCAAAAUGAUACAGUAAUUUUAAGGUUUCAGGUACGUUCACCAACUUUUUUUCAAAAAUGCCGGGACCAGCAUUGGUAUAUCACACAGUUGGAAGCUGCACAGACCAGUUAUAUCCAACAAAUAAAUAAUCUUAAAGAGAGACUUACAAUUGAGCUGUCUCGAACUCAGAAAUCAAGAGACUUGUCACCACCAGAUAAUCAGCUUAGCUCCCAAACUGAUGACACACCUGAGACACGAGCUAAGAAGUCCGGGUCAUGUUCUGACAUGCUUCUUGAAAGUAGUCCUGCUACAGCUUGUAUAAGAGAGACCAAGGAAGAUGAAGAAGAUGAGGAAAAGAUUCAGAAUGAAGAUUAUCAUCAUGAGCUUUCAGAUGGAGAUCUGGAUCUGGAUCUUGUUGGUGAAGAUGAAGUAAAUCAUCUUGAUGGUAGCAGUUCUUCUGCUAGUUCCACAGCAACAAGUAACACAGAAGAAAAUGACAUUGAUGAAGAAACUAUGUCUGGAGAAAAUGAUGUAGAAUAUAACAACAUGGAAUUGGAAGAAGGAGAACUCAUGGAAGAUGCAGCUGCUUCAGGACCUCCAGGUAGUAACCACGGGUAUGUGGGUGCCGGCAGCCGAUUGUCAAGAAGAGCACAUUUAUGCUCUGCUGCUACCAGUAGUUUAUUAGACAUUGAUCCUUUAAUUUUAAUACAUUUGUUGGACCUUAAGGACAGUAACAAUAUGGAUAAUUUGUGGGGCUUACAGCCUCACCCACCUGCCUCAUUUUUGCCGCCCACAGCAUCAUAUUGUCGAAAAGAUAAAGACCAAAGGAAGCAACAGGCAAUGUGGCGAGUGCCCUCUGAUUUAAAGAUGCUGAAAAGACUCAAAACUCAAAUGGCUGAAGUUCGAUGUAUGACAACUGAUGUAAAGAACACCCUUUCAGAAAUAAAAAGCAAUAGCACUGCUUCUGGAGACAUGCAGACAACCCUUUUUUCUGCUGACCAGACAGCUCUCGCUGCAUGCGGGACUGAACACUCUGGCAGAUUACAAGAUUUGGAAAUGGAGCUCCUGGCAAAGUCAUCAGUUGCUAGCUGUUACAUAAGAAACUCCACAAAUAAGAAGAGUAAUUCACCCAAGCCAGCUUGGUCCAGUAUAGCAGGUAGUCUAUCACUUCGAAGAGCAGUGGACUCUGGAGAAAAUAAUCGUUCAAAAGGAGACUGUCAGACAUUGUUUGAAGGCUCUCCAGGAAGUUCUCAGUCUGGAAGUAGGCACAGUUCUCCCCGAGGCUUGACACAUGGCAUUGUGAGCGAUAUCCUGCCCAAAACUGAAGACCGACAGUGUAAAGUUUUGGACUCAGAUGCAAUUGUGGUGGCAGUUUUCAAUGGUUUACCUUCUGUUGAAAAAAGAAGGAAAAUGAUAACCUUGGGGACUAAUGCUAAAGGAAAUCAUCUGGAAGGAAUGCCAAUAACUGAUUUGGAGAAUAAUUCUGAACCUGGAGAGUUACAGGCUAUACUUCCUGAAGGAGCUUUGGCUGCCCCUGAGGAAGGAAUGAGUAGCGACAGUGACAUCGAAUGUGAUACUGAGAAUGAAGAGCAGGAAGAGCACACCAUUGUGGGCGGAUUUAAUGACUCUUUCAUGACGCAGCCCCCAGAUGAAGAUUCUCAUCCCAGUUUCCCUGAUGUUGAACAAGUAGACCCUGAAAAUCUCCACUUCAGUACUGACGAAAACAGUGGAAGGUAAUUGCCAGAUGGACUUACAAGCUACCUUGACCCUGAAAAUUUAUUGUAGUUGGUGCUCAAAUUUGUCAUCAAUCAUAUAAUCAGAUUUAGUUGCUUUUUGUCAUCAUCUAUACCUAUGAUAGUAAUUCAGGAACUGUUACAAAGCAGCACAAUUCUACUAAAAGACACAGGGAAAAAUUAACAGUGUGGGAAGAGUUCUAAUAUAGUAAAAUAGUAGUGUUGCCCUCCAUUAAUUUUAGCAAAUUAAUACAUUCACAGAAGGCAGUUUGUAUUCAAAACAGAAGGCCAGCCCACUGCCAGAAAGUGUAUUGAGAGGCAUGCAGUAAAUUGUUCAUUGCUGGUACUUUUCUGUCUUUGGCUGGAUACUCAGUUUUGUUUACAUAACUACCUUAAUAUUUUGGGGUUUAAUCACAGUUUAUAGUUUCACUACGUUCUAUAGAUUAGUGAACCAAAAAACUAGUUAUUGAUUCUGUUAUGUAGAAACUUUACAUGACUAACCAAAGUAACACUAAACUAAAUCUUGUUUCUGGAGCACGUUGACAGCCUAAAAUUUAUUUAUUUACCUUUUCUGUAUUGUUGAAGUGCAGGCACAUUGUUUAAUAGCACAUCAUCUUUUGGCAAAUGUAAUUUAAAAUGAAUUAAGUUAAUGUGGAUUAGUUAUAUUCCUGAUUAUAUGUAAGAUUAUUUUAAAAUUUUUCGUUUUUUAAUACCUUUUAAAGUAUAACUAUAGUGCAACAAAUAAUUUAAAAUUGUCUUCUUUAUUUUCAUUAGUUGGAAAUUGAUGUCAGUGUCAGUAAAGACUCAUAUUGCAGAGUGACUUUGGAAUGAAACUGUGAUAUAUAAGGUUUUCUUUCAUACUCAUAAAUAAUCCCUACCCUUAAAUUGCCAAACUUCACCAUUGUGCUCCAUUGAGCUGCUAUAUAUUUAUGAAAAUUACACUGAAAGUUGACCAAGAGACUAUUUGAAAAAGCAUGAAUACCUGUAUGUACAUGUGAGAGAUGUUGCAUCAGCUUAUAUUUUACUUCCUAUUGUUCAUUUUUUUCAUAUCUGAUGUCUUGCUUGAAUGCUGUGAUGCAGUCUACUUAUUUUCAAAAUAGUUUGCACUUUUUUUGUUAAUAAAAGUUACUUGAGCAAA